AUGAAGCUUCUACAGCUACCCGCCGAGUUGCGAGCCGGCAUCCUAGAAGAAUGCUUCGUCAAGGGCACCGAUCUCACUAGCAAAGAGGUCUACGUGAACGAGCAUUUCCGAUGCCGGCAGAUCAGCAGAGACACACGUCGUGGAUUGAACACCAUGGCAACCAUUCGCCUGGUCUGCCAGCAGUUCCGAGAAGAUGCCGACGAAGUCUUCUUUCGCCACUACAAAGUCACACGAUCGAUCGGUGCCCUAGCACCCUUGGAGCGGAGCUGGAGCUCUCACAUGGCCGGCUUCGUCCUCAGCAAGCUGAGAUAUCUAAGUCUGCAGAUGCUGGUCGGCAAUUCCACGAUGAUAGUCCUCCGGCUGGAGCUUCGUAAGCAGGCUGAUGCCUGGUCUUGCGAGUGGAAGCAUGAUGUUUACCAUGAUCUGGAGAAAGACGAUAUUGUCUCGGAACAAAGGAUGAUACGAUCCGGGCUACCGUUCGUCGCAAGCCAGCUUUCCUUGAUCGGUAGGGGCGAAGGAUUGUGUUAUGACGAUAUCGAAGCUCUCAGGGUGAUCAUGGCGAAGCAGUGCACUGUGGACCUCCCUGAUGGGCCAGAUACCCAGUCUUGGUACUUUGACGACUACUCAGCUAGGAUCGGAGCGGCGGAGAUGGAGGCUGACGUUCGUAUAACGAACCCAGAGCCAUCUGUGGAAAGUGAGCACCAAGAGGCUCCUCCUUCCAGCAACGAGGUCGAAAGCUUUACCGUGAGCAAUUUGGUAGCCUCUCCAUGGCGUGAAAGCUCUCCAAGGCAUGUGAUCUCUCCACCGACGACUGAAAGCCAGCAACGUACCUCCUUCCACAUGCUGGAGCUGCAAGGUAGGACCUACCUAGCACCCGCUCAAGGAUGUAAGAGCUUUGACCUUGACUUGGCCACUCUUGAUGAUCACGAACUCAUCGCCAAGUAUAAUUUGGAACGUGUUCGGACUAGUGUUGUGCAGAAGGCGAGGAGAACCAUAGGUGGAAGAUGUAAGAGCUCCGCUAGAAGGAUCCGUGGAACAGCGCAAGUUGACUGCAAUUCCACAAUGGCUGCCGCUCAGUCAAACAACAAGCGCGAUAACGAGGACAAGCCCACUGGGUUUCUCGACCUUCCUGCCGAGAUCUGCAAUAACAUCUACCACAUGGCCGUACCGACCGGCUCGACCAUCAUGCUCCGGCGCCGCCCAACGCCAAUCUCCGAGCAUGUCAAGUUGAAGACCCUCGACGUCGACUGGUCAAGCCCGGUGUCCCGCGCUAUCAUCAAAGGCAUCGCGAGCCUCGCCCGUAGCUGCCGUCAAGUACACAAUGACCUCACACCCAUCCUCUACGGCAGCAACACCUUCGAACCCUACAGCAUCCAAGACCUCGACACAUUCCUGACGAGUAUCGGGGACUCGAGAAAACUCCUGCGCCACAUCAGAGUGGGAAGUCACGUCAACGACCAGGCCGCCUUGAAAAGGAUUGUCGCGCGACUGACCCAUGCGAAAGGAUUGAAGACGUUCAAGAUGCAGAAUCCGCGAAAUAUGACCGACGCUCGCUGUAAUGCCCCCGAGCCGGCUGUGUUCGCUGAGCGGCUCCGCGUCCUCAUCCAAGUACGCUACGAGAGGAGUGGUGAUGCGGAGGCAGCAGCGGGGGCUGUGGACUUGUAUCCACGGAUGUGGAGUCAAGACGCGGAGCAUGUGGCAGAGCUUCAGGCAGAUGCGAAGAAGUACACGAAUGACGUGAGGGGUGAGCCGAUGAGAUUAUUGGAGAGAGAAGAGAUGGACCGUACACAUCGGGCAAAGAGAUCGCGAGCCAGACAAUUGUCAGCGAGACGACAAGGGCUGUAUAGUAUUAUGGGCCCGGAACGUGGAUUGGGGGAGGGAUCUUGA